UGUCUGUUCUCUUCAUUCCUCUUCAUCACCGGACAAUAACACUACACCAGUACUCUGCGCUCACAUAUAUAUAUGAUCACUUUAUAUCAAACUUCAAAUCUUCUUCUCCUUCUUCUAUACAAUCUGUCAGUGGUUGCUAAGCAGACAAAAAAGCCUCUAAAACAACGCAUCAACCAUCUCAACCACAAACAACUCUGCAGGAGCAUUGGAUCAACUCAAAUCUUGAGGUUCCUGAUCGAAAAGAUGACUCGAGAAUGCGAUAAACAACCAAAGGCUUCAUGGUCAAAGAAAGUAGUGAGGAAAUGGCUGAAUAUACAGAGCGGUGCUGAUGAAUUUCAUUCGGAUCAGUCAAUUAAAGUUAUGUUGCAAAGAAGAGAUGGAAGGAUGAGCUAUUCGGGCGAAAACAGUUGUGCGAUCGUGCCUGAGGAGUUUUCCGAAGAGUGGCUGAUAGAAGCAAAGGAUCAAAGUAAUGGAAUUUCAGACCUUAGUCCAGAGAUACCGCUGAUCGACAAUCCACUCAGUCUGAGGCUGGCGGUGGGGACAUGGAAUGUAGGAGGAAACUCCCCGAACGAGGACUUGAACCUGAACAAUUGGCUAACUACUCAUGCCAGCGCUGACAUCUAUGUUCUUGGAUUUCAGGAGAUAGUGCCUCUGAAUGCUGCAAAUGUUCUAGGUGCCGAGGAUAGUGGUCCAGCAGCAGAAUGGCUUUCAAUUAUUCGACAAGCUCUAAAUAAUCAGAAGUCUGGUCCACAAGUCCCGGAUUGUUACAAUUCCACCCCUGAUGCUGAAGUCAGCGAAGAACAAACAUAUCCACUUAGCUUUCUAAGAGAAGAUGAAACCAGCCAAGAAUAUUUUGCAAGGUCUUUAAGUUCUGAUCCUAAUUCAAGCUCCAGCGAAGAAGAUUCGCCUAGUCCACCUUGCUAUUCAGUAGGACAAGAGAGUCUCCUGCAAAGUGAUUAUACAUUAGUAGCAAGUAAGCAAAUGGUGGGACUCUUUCUAUGUGUGUGGGUUCGCUCAGAUUUGCAUCGUCAUAUCAGAAAUCCAAAAGUAUCCUGUGUUGGAAGAGGCAUCAUGGGGUACCUUGGCAACAAGGGUUCUAUAUCGAUGAGUAUGGCAAUGUACAACACAACAUUUUGUUUCGUUUGCACUCACCUGGCUUCUGGACAGAAAGAGGGAGACGAGGUAAAAAGAAAUAUGGAUGUCAUGGAGAUAUUGAAGAAAACUAAAUUUCCUCAUUCAUGUCGAGUUCCCAGACAACCAAUGUCUCCUGAUAGUAUUCUGGAUCAUGAUAAGAUCAUCUGGCUGGGAGAUCUAAAUUAUCGACUUGCAUCUGGUGAUGAAACUAAUGAGUUACUGGACAAAAAGGACUGGCAAGCGCUCUUGGAGAAAGAUCAGUUAAAAGUAGAGCAAAGAGCCGGUCGUAUAUUUGAAGGAUGGGAAGAAGGUCGAAUAAGUUUUCCUCCAACCUAUAAAUAUCUUACCAACUCUGACGAUUAUGUGGGACAAACCUCCAUUUCUAAAGAGAAACGACGAACUCCUGCUUGGUGUGACAGAAUACUGUGGAAAGGAGGACUAAAGCAGAUAUCGUAUGAAAGGGUUGAGUCCAAGUUCUCAGAUCACAGACCAGUCUGUUCACUAUUCUCGGUCCAAGUGAAUGCACCAAAUAAGUUAACUCAAUAAAACAUCCAGGAGACCUUGAGGGCUUCUCUUAGAAGUAUCGUUGCUAAGAGAAGUACGAAGUUGCAAAAAAAGCAUUACUUAUGUUUCUGGUCACAACUUCCUCAGUAUCCAGUGAGAAUUUUAGAACUGCACAUAUGGAAUCUUAUAACUGCCAAAAGUGAGUGACUGUUCCCUGACACCUGGACAAGCAACAGGGUGGAUAUACCUGAUCAUAUAUGACUCUCAGAAACUUAGCCGGAUGUAAGAGGGAUUGCAAUAUUGCAUGUAUUUGCAGUGUGGUUUAGCUUCUAUAUCAUUGAUACGAUGACUCAGAUACUAUGAAAAUACUUUUACCUUGUUGAUUCAGGGCAAGUAUAUGAUAUACACCUACAAGUGAUGAUGAUGCAUUGGUUAGUCCAGAACAUUUGUGCAUAGAGUAUGCAUAAAUAUAAACCAAACGAUGGCUAGAUGCCUGCUGCUCAGGCUUUCCGUUCCAUAAGUAUUCCUUUCACAACUUCUGCAGAUGCGCGUGUUUUCUUGUUGAGCUCGAGAGAGAAUUAGUUUAUCAGGGGGAAUUAGAUUAAAGGUGAAUGGUAAAUAGUUUUGUAAGCUAGCCAUAGAGGUAGCAGUAUGUAGAACAGACGGGAAAAUUGUAUAGAUUGUUCAUUUUCUCAUCAGUUGUCAAUUAAUUGGAUAAUUUCUGCCUAAAAAUCUGUUCUUAUUUCAUCGGAUUAUAUUACAUGUUCUCAAGACUUAA